ACAGAAUUAGGACUUUCGACACAUAUAUUCAGUAACAAAUCUGCGAAUGACUAACGAGAGCUCCGUACGGGCCCACAUGUUAUGCGUGCGGACGGCACCUCCAGCGGCGAGGAGCGGAGUGACAAGCGGGAGUCUCGGUGUGAGUCACACCGCUCAGAGCUCUGCCGACUGGAGGGAUGUGACCCCGGAACAGGACGCCCUCCUAAAACAACACACCAUUCAAAAAAAAAAAAAAAAAAAGAAACACAGAAGAAAGAAAAGCUGGACCAGGAGGGAGCCACAGGAGCCGGGGGAAUGAACCGCGAGGAGGCCCCGGGGAAGUCUCCUGAUGAGAUGUACAUCCAACAGAAAGUGCGGGUCCUGCUAAUGCUAAAGAAAAUGGGGUCGAAUCUUACGCCCAGUGAAGAGGCUUUUCUCCGGAAUUACGCAGGCGUGGUCCACAGUCAGAUGAGCCAACUACCACAGCACAACAUAGACCAGGGUGCAGAAGACGUGGUGAUGGCAUUCUCUCGUUCAGAGACGGAGGAUCGGCGGCAGUGACCCUGGGGCCGCCAUCGCUCCGCCCGCCCAGCCUGUGGUCCAUAACAACCCAAACUCCACAAACGCAUCGCUGAUGAGCUCAGGAGAGGAGGAGCAACCGGAGAGGAUGGAAGAGGAGGGGAAGAGAUACCAGGGGGGCUGUUGCCUCACUCCCCCCUCCCCCCAACCUUUUUUCCACCCUACUCCUCCUCAUACAAGCUGAGAUUCUCGGCGGGUAAGCAUGGGUUGGAGCCUUGGUGACAAGGCAACCAAUGAAAACACUCGAAAAUUAUGUGGAUGCAUAUAAUUUUUUAUUUCGUUUUAUUUUUUCUUUUGUAAUUUUUGUCCAUGUUGGGGAUUUAGGCUGUGUUAUGCUCUGAAUGCAUUGGUCACUGGAGGAAUUGACCAUUAAGCCGUUUUGGUCAGGCAAAGAGAAACAUAGUUUUGCUUAAGUAAUGUGUGUUUUGAUUAAUGACAUUUUGGGAAGAGAAUAUUCUUCUGCUUGUUUUAUGGCGGGCGGGGUGGAUUUGUUUUGAGCUAGUUGUUGUGUAUAAUGGUUUUCAUAUUCUGUCUCACCAGUUGUUGUACUGGCUACUUUAUUUUUAACUAUAGGCUGUUGAGAGCACAACAAGACUUUCCCUCAAAGGUAAAACGUGCGAAUUAAAAGACACUAGACACACUUCUCACAGAAACAUUACAGAAAAACAGGUGUACACAUUCUCUCCCCAAGCAUACAAAGUUUUUUGGGUUAUUGUGAAAUAUAAAACCUUUUUUAUUGUACAGACAUUAGGGAGAAUUUAAUAAUAAAUUGAUUGUGCCAAUUGUAAUUUUUUUUCUGUAAGAUAAAGUUAAUAUGAUUAUGUAAAGCGGCUAAGUGACAAACUGCAAAUCUAAUUUAUUUCUCAUCGAAUUUAGCUAACUCUUAUAAGAACAAACCAAGAAGGUGAACAACAGUAACCAGAUUAGUGACAACACAAAGCUUAAGCUGAGCAUCCCCAUUAAAGAAGGGUUGCUCUUGAUUCACACUAAAACAGAUUCAAACUAACGUCUAGCUAGCUACAGAGGGUUAAACGGAGCCAAGCUAAAGAACAGUGUGCUAUCUCUGUACUGUACAUGAUGCACUGUUCUCAGUGGGACAUCAGCAAAAACAUACAGCUCUGUAUUCAACACGGGGACUUUACAUUGGGUUCAGUGCAAACAUUUUGUAAGGGGGAAAAAAACAGUAUUUUUAAUGCAACUCUUGUUUCCUUCAGUAAUUAUAUUGCCGAAAAUAAAAUAUAUCUGCUCGUGUUAAUUGACCCCAACUGGAAGAUUUCAACUGAAUAUUUCUGUUUGCUAAAAUCCGACUUGCUUUUCUAGUGACAUGCUCAAUAUUUAAUGUGUUUUAAAUACACUUUAACAUGUAUAACUUAAAUAAUUGUAUUUAAAUGUUCUGAAGCCAAGCAUGUCUGCCUCGUGGUUUACAGUGUUUAAUGAAGUGGAUCUUAUCAUGAUCUCGAGAGCCUCGUCACAAUGACCAUUGCUUGUACAUUCUCGACGUUUGCGGAAGCUACUAGCUCUUAAAAUAUUUUAGAAAAAAAAAAGGAUAUCAUUUUGUAUGGGUAAAUGUUAUCUGUUAUGUGUUGUUGGCAAUAACCUUCAUUGGAAUGUCCUCAGCAGUCAUCGCAAUGUAGACGGCCAACAGAUCCAUCAUGCUGUCCCUGUCGCUUAUGACAAAACGAAUUUUGUCUUUCGAUGUUUACUUUUGUUUUAAAACGUUUUUAAUUUGUCUAUGCAUUAUUUUUCCUUUCUCGACUCAAGGGUGUCUUACUGUAUAUUCUGGCCAUCAGGGUUGUCCUACAGCCUUCAUUCAGUUUGUAGAUGAACGUCAGUGUGUCUCACGCGCGCACAUACAUACGUGCCUGAUAACCAUAGUUGAACUACCAGGUUUGAUUUUUAGCAUGCUGUUGUUUUACUAGAAAUGUGUAUCUUCUUUUCACUGUGAUGACCUGAUGCUGCCUAGCUGUCCUAUUGAAUUCUCUUGUGUUGCCUUUGUAUAUUUUUGCUGUCCUUCUGAGUUGACAAUGAUUAGUUGGUUCCUUGUGGCUGCUGACCUUGUCUUGACUUAAUGCUUCCAAAUCCUAUACCAACUGAACCAUUAAAAGAAGUUUUAA